AUACGCACAGAUUCAUUCAUCCUCCUCACCGCAGUCCACAUCAGGUUGAUGAUUUUAGACCUCUCUGUGGGUGUGAGAAGUGAGCAAAGGCAAGGCAUAGCCAUAAAGCUAGAAGUCGGUGGUACAGCGGUGAACACUAGUAGUACUAGUACUAGCGGACAUCAGCGACGGGUAGUGCAGUAUUUGCUAGUGCAGUAUUUUCCUUGACCCAUCUCAUGAACCAGCCUGGGCGUUUCGAUGUGUAGAGAACUUGAAUUGUGGGUUGUUGUGACUCGAACUAAAACAGGUCGUGUGAGGAUUGAAUUCUAAAGACCAAGUGUGUUGGAAGGCAGCAAUCUUUGUCUUUCAUGUCCCCGUUCACUGGCUACAUGCAUACAUGCGCACACACCUAGGCACAGUGUAGUGUAGUUGCAUAUCAUUAGAUCAGACUGGAGCUGAAAGAAGAGCAUGUCAGCACCGGUUGCACCUCGGCGACAUGCAUCCAGCGAUGCUGCACCUCUCUUGCGCAGGGGACUUCAGCUCCCCGGCAGAUCGGCUCCAGCGCCCAAACCCAGAUAUAGGGCGAAGCAGAGCUUGCCGGAUGGCUUCCACUUUCCUGAGUCGUCGGCGACGCCAAAGACAGCAGGAGUGGCCACAGAGCCACACCGUCUAUCACAACCUGCUGCGGUCUUCACUAAGAACGACCGCCCGCCCCUAGCAAUGCCUGUGUUAUUGGAGGGAGAAAGAAGCCUUUAUGUGAACUCAGGGAGAGCACCUGCACCUGCUCCUGCUCGAGCUCCAGCUCUGAGUCAGAAAAGCGCAAAUCCUGUACCAGUAAAACCGCGGUCAAGUAGCCAGAAUACUGUGAUUGGCAGAAUUGGAACUAGUAAGUCGUUCCAUAAGGUCGACAGCUAUGCUGGCUCUCUGAAGCAGAAAGGAAGCAAUCAAGUCUCUGCCAUAGUGUGUUCCUUGGGCGGAAUAGGAAGAGAUAUCUUAUCCCCGAGUAAUCGCAGUAAUCGCAGUUCGAGACGGAAGCGAGGUUCACAUGGGGGAACUUUAGACGGUGCUGAAAAGUCAGCUGAAGAUUCCGGUGUCGUACCCCGUCGACAUAGCAGUCCAAUGGAGCCACAAAGCCACAGCUAUGAUGUACAUGUUGGUCCAGGUGCCAUGAACUCAUCUGAAGUACUGUGGCGCUUUCAGAAUGACAUUGAGAGACUACAGGCAGACUCCACGCCAAAAGACACAAAGCUACUAUGUGAAAUCCUGGUGAUGAGCAACUCUCUGGAUCGGAUUCAAGCGUACCUGAGGCACAAACUUGCGGAUGUGCACGGUAUGCAGCAUACGAGUGCUGACCAUGACUUGCUGUCCAUCUCGUUGCCGCAGGGCACGGUAUUGGAGUUGUUGGAGAACAACUGCGCCGGUGCUCUUGCUACUCUGGCUACGAUUGGUCUGGAGCAACUCAGAGUUGUCGACGAGGGCUUCACCGUCCUCUUUCGUCUUCGGUCACCACCAGCAGCACCCGCGUCGGCUGGAAUUCCCAGCAAACCGUCAACAAGCACGCUUCUAGAUGCAACACUAGACAUCCUGUGUCGGUCUGCAUCACAGAGACCUCCGACUGAGCAACGUGGACCACGGAAAAAGAAGAUACGCUACUACUGGAACGAUAAGCUGACUCGCCGCGUGGCCAGUCUCCUGUCGGGCGUCUUCUCUGCCGAACAACUAGCGAAUAACCUAGAUGUAGAAAUGGAUUCGCUGCCGCAUGCGGUCCAAGGCGAUGCCAUAGACGCUAUAUUCCUUAUUCUGGAGGAGUGGCGGCUGAGUGAGAACUGCCAUGAUGUGCGUCCACGCCUGCUUGACUUGCUGCUGGAUCAUGCCGAGUUGCAGCAGAAGCUGGACGAGUCGUUUAACCAAUGGCAACGUGAUGCAGAGUUUCUACCAUCUAUCGUGAGUGAUACUAUGCUGACUGAAGUUGCUCGGCAAAUUGGCAACUGCUGGAGAUCCGUUGCGUAUGAGCUCAACCUGGGCCGUGCGGAGAUCGAGGCCGUACAGCCAGUUGCGCAGGAGGCGUCAGGAGCAGACAUGCCUUACAUCGAGGAGCGCAGUAUCGAGUACGCGCGCGGCAUGCUGCAGCUGUGGAAGCAGACCAGCGGUCGGUAUGCAACGCGCACGGUGCUUGCACACGCGCUUGGCAACUGCAAUCUGGCUGACGCUAUGGAUAUUGCUGAUCAAUGCAACUCUUUACCGGAGCACUCCCAGUUGCUGACGCUGGUAGAGGACUUGAUGAAAAGUCAGGCGGACAUUAACCAAACUGGAGUACAGGAAUCAGCCAGUGAUCAUCGGCGGCGGCGGCUUGCAAAGAAGCGUAUAAGUCCUUCGGCCACAUCACUGUCCUCCGUAGAAGCACAAAGCCCAGUACAAAACAGGACAGGGCAUUUCCAACGUCAAGAUGGCGUAUCUGCCCCCUGGGAGGCUUCCAGUCUGGUCACGUCUGGUCCGUAUUUCGGUGUCAACCUGGACGCUCUGCCACCGAGAUCAGACAACAGCACGAUUCCUCUGUUCGUGGACAAGUGCAUUGCUUUCAUUGAAGAACGGGCCAUGUCAACAAGAGGUAUCUAUCGUCUAUCCGGUAUCUCGUCGGCCAUCACUGAGUUGGAGGAGAUGUAUACAGCAGAUCACAAUUUAAACUUAUUCAGUGUUUGUGAUGAUCGACCGGAUCGUUAUGAUGAGAACUGCAUAGCAUCCAGUCUCAAGUCAUUUCUCAGGAAAAUACCUGACCCAGUUGUUCCCGCGUCGAUUACGUCGCGACUUGUGGAGAUUCCUACUCUGGAUCAGGACACGCAAUCGAUGGUGGAUCGUCUGAAACUGAUCGUUGUAUUUGGCAUGCCUCAGCGCAAUCGAGCUUUGCUGCAGGAAAUUUGCUGUCACUUACAAAGAGUUGCUGAACACGCUUCAGAAAACCUCAUGAAAGCCAGCAAUCUUGCAGUCGUGUUCUGGCCUAAUCUAUUGCGACCAGCUAUGGAAGGUAGUGACAUGGUGCUGAUGCGUGACCUACCCAGGUUACUGCAGAAUGUUCUCACCCUGUUGAUUGAGCAUGCCGAGGAGGUGUUCAUUGAGAACCAGCCAUGGUGAGUAGUGCCUAUACACCCGUAUUCUCACAGGUAGAGCACAGACAUGGACAUGCUCAAGUACACACACAUUGUUAGAUUGACAGCAUGAAACUAGUUCUGAACUAGUAUUGGGUUAUAUAAUACCAAGCACACACACGUACGCACGCGUGCUCACGUACACACACACACACACACACACACACACACACACACACACACACACAUACACACGCAUAUGCACGCACACACAUGCACCAGCGACCAAGCUCUGCUGCCUCGUAUCCCGAUCGAGUGGAGUCAUGUCCACCAUCGGCUUUUAUCUAGAAUCAGGAUUUGAGUUUCUCCUUCCUUUCUUCCACGCCUGUUUUUUAGUCAGCGUCGUAAAACUUGAUCUCUUAGUGCGUCGUCGCCGUUGCUGACAAACUUCAGUGGCACGCUUCCUUUGUAAAAUUUCAUCAGUGUAUAUAUGUUUAUCUAUUGAGUAUGUUUAUCUAUUAUAAAGUUAACCUAACCCCUUCUGCACUCAGGUCUUGUUGGCACUGAUUUACACAGCUGCACCAUGCUCUAUCUGUACAGGCUUCACUUCUGCGCGUGUUUUUGUUCGAUUUAAGAUUUCGACAAGUCCUAUUUUGUACGGGAAGUAACCAAAUUAAUACCCGCCCCACCCUUGAAGAAAAUUCCGCACUUGGCACCUGAUACAGUCUGAAUAGUACUCUUAUUCCGUUGCCAGUGCUGUUUCCAUAAUAUACGUGUGCACAAGCAUCCUUCUUUAUUCCUCAGCCUCAAUUCAAGUUUUCUCAGCCAUCAAAUUGUAAAUAGUCAAAGCCCCGCAUUCAUAUGCAACAACAGCUCUGUCUGUAAUGCACCUGCCGACACCAGUGAUUGUCACACCGUAUUGGUGCUGUUCUCCUUUGAGUGUUUCGUUCGUUUUCCGCUUCUCACACAUGCAAGUACAACUGUUUCUGUUGGCACACAGUGCUCACAGAAGCUCAGUUCCUUUUUUAUUAUUUCCGGAAAAGAAGACUUGUAAUGUAAACUGUAAAA